GGUGUAGUCACUUUCACUGGCCCGGUAGCGCAGCGGCUGGCGAUGGUUAUGGCGCGAGCAUGGCACACUAGAUGCAGCCUGUUUGUGUACUUGCGUCACCAAGGACAAGACUGUAUCACGCCCAACGCUCGCUGGUCGCUGGUUUCAUCAGGACAUCGUUUGUUAUGCAGAGCAGAUCUAGUGAUCUGGUUAUCACAUUGGCGUAUCAUACAAUUCAAACAGAGUGCCGUCCAAUCUGAUAGAAAAAAGGUUCAAAUUGUGCAGAACAUAUCCUUUAUGAACUGAAGAGGGCGCUGCGUGGGAAGUGCACGGUCAACCUACUCCAUUUUUUGAUAGUAUAGUGGAUCCGUGAUUUGUAAAAAUAUAGUGGAUAGUAGCCCCGAUUGGAACAGCAAAAUACGGAGCCAGAUCACAAGAAUUGCUGAACAAUGGACCAAUUGUAUCUCGAUGACUGUGGUAGCAGAAAAACAAUGGAAACAAGUAUUCCGAUU